AUGCCUCCCAUCGUGUCGCUUGGCAAACUGGAUCUCAACCAAAUGGCGGUCAACAUUUUCGUUGAAGCCAUCAACGCGGAACCCACUAUGUGGGGAUCCUGGGUUGAACUGGCCCCUUUAAUUACCGAUAAAACUAUGCUCCAGAAUCUGAAACUUCCCAACCAUUGGAUAAAGCAAAUUUUCAUUGGUUACACCUACAUUGAACUUUUCCUCAACGACGAAGGAAUCAAAAUAUUCGAACAUCUACAGGUGGCUGGUUUCGGAAAAUGCAUCUUUGUCCCCACCCAAUUGGCCAUAGCCUUUUCCAACAAACGAGAUGUGGACAAGUCAAUCGAAAUCUUCCAACGGCUGCACGAGGUCGACCCCUUCCGGCUGGAUAACCUGGAUUCAUACUCCAAUUUACUGUUCGUAAAGGAUAUGAAAACGGACAUGGCCCAUCUGGCCCACAAAGCCGUGGACAUCAACAAGUACAGCCCAGAAACGUGCUGCGUAGUCGGGAAUUACUACAGCAUCCGUGGGGAUCACCACAAGGCGGUUGUCUACUUUCAGCGGGCACUGAAACUCAACCCCCGGUAUCUGUCCGCGUGGACCUUGAUGGGGCACGAGUUCAUGGAGAUGAAAAAUACCAACGCUGCUAUCCAGAGCUACCGGCAGGCGGUGGAGGUUAACCGAAGAGACUUUCGGGCCUGGUACGGUCUAGGUCAAGCGUACGAAAUCCUCAAAAUGCCAUUCUACAGUCUACACUAUUACAAAGCGGCCCAGCAGUUGCGUCCUUACGACAGCCGAAUGUUGGUGGCUCUGGGAGAAACCUACGAGAAGCUAGAGAAGGCAGCCAACGCUCUCAAGUGCUACCAGAAAGCAUACAACGUAGGUGAUAUCGAGGGAGUUGCCCUGUACAAUCUUGCCCGGCUUUACGAAAAGCAGAACGAAAUCGAAAAAGCCAUCCCCGCACUUUUGCGGUUCUGUUCCGACGAAAAAACGGUGGUGGAUAAAAGCUCACUUUGUCACGCGUACAUGACUUUGGGAAAUUUCUACGAAAAGAAUGGCCAGUUCGAUAAGGCGUCCCAUUUUGCAUACAAGUGUUUGGACCACGAGGAAUCGAAACGUGAGGCGGAAGCUCUCCUGAAAACCAUUGCCAACAAACGGGCGCAAAAAGCGGCCGCACAAGCCCAGACUUCCUCAGCAACCGGUGCCGAAGCUCGGCAAGGGGAGGAUCUGGAGAAAACAUCCGAUAUGGAUCUGGAGGAGAUUGAGUUUGAGGGUAGUGUCGGACGAGUGGUUGAUCUGGCAAUGGCCCACGACGAUAUGCUGGUCGAGAACGAUGAACCGGAAUUCCAGCUGGAGCAAGCAGCGGAGCUGGAAAAUUCUUCCCUAUCGAUCAUCAUGGAGGAUGACCCGGAUCCAACUGAGUGA